ACUGACUCUUUCCUCUAAAGUAUUGACUAUGAAACUCGCUUUCAUAAAUGGCUCGCAAUAUUCCCUGUCUAUUUUGUAAACAACGGCGAAGAAAAUGUGAAAAGUUGGAGGAAGCAAACACUUGUAAACGAUGUCGUGAACAGAAUCGAAAAUGCAUAAUACCAAAGCAUGAUUCAGACGAUGAGCAACUACAUAACAAUGAUAUGCAUUUACAGUCAUUGUAUGAGCAAGUAAAGCAGCUGGAGAAACAGUUAGCAUCACUGGAUUUAACCUUGAAAUCGCAGCAAAAGCUCAUCUCAGGUAGAGGGCAGAAUGACGAGCCUUGUUGGGAAUUGGAAAUGAUAAAUGGACAGCUUCGCUUAAAAUCAAAGAUUUCAACUCUGGAAGAGCUUUUGCUGUACGGGAAAGCCUUCUUUCGUUACCUAUCACCAUUUGGAAACACGUUCCACAAUACAUCAAUGGCUUUUGACAGAAUUUACCCCAGUUUUUUACAAACGGCCAUCCAGUUGUUAACCAAAUACGGUAUAGGACACGAAGUAAACUCAUUACAACAGCAGCAGCAAACCCAGGCGUAUAAAUCUAUUCUAACGUCCAGUUCUGUUGUUAAGAAUGGGCGGUUUUCGGGAAACAACUCUCUGCGCUUUGUUCAACCGCACCUAGUCAUGGAUCAACUUGUGAACAACUAUUUCGCUUGCUUCAAUGACUCCAUUCCCAUAUUACAUGAACCUAGUUUUCGUAAACAUUAUGUUAGCUUAAAAGACCCCAUGGAUGAUCCUGUUGUAUUGGCUGUUUGUGCAGCCGCUUCUAUCUCAACUUGCAGGCAUAGUAUUUUUUACAAUAUGUUUGAAAGGAGAUACAUCGGUGAACAUUUUUUCAAAUUGGCUUUGGAGAAGCUGUUGGAAAUGUUCGAUGAACCAGAACAUGCUCUGGAAACAGUACUUGUUAUCAAUAUAUUGCAGAUUUUUAUGGUUGCCACUCUACGUUUAAACGAAAGCAGAAAAUGGGCAUCUAUAGCUAGCGUCUUAUGCUGCAACUUACAGCAAGAAUAUGUUCAUGAUAUCAAUGACAAUGAGAAUAAGGAAGCGAAGUAUUUAGCUAGAGUGAGAAGUGCUAUCAUUCAUAGAAACAGUGUCUUAGUGCACUGCUGUAAGGCUCUCAUUGAAUUUUUGCUUGGAGAAAACCUUAAUCCGGUUCCCAAAAGAAUAUGUCCGUUUGAUAUCUUGCCGGAUGAGCCUCAAAAGUUGAAAGAUCUUAUUGUCAUUAUGAAUCUUUUAUUUAAGCUUGCCUUUAAUCCUGCUUUUCUUAUUGUUAUGGUUCAAGCAAGAAAUAUAUCAGCAGGCGAUACAGCAACACUUACAUUCGAGGAUAUUAUACGGUACGAGGAUUUAGUAUUAGAUUGGUGGCACAGCUUACCGGAAGAAUUCAAAAUUUGUAAAGAGCCCUACAAUCUAACAAAAGAUAUUAUCCAACAAACAAUUGAUUACCGUAAAAUUCUUCCAGCUGUUUACGUGUAUGGAGUUACAAUGUCUAUUCAAGCAUGUCUCAUUCAACCUAAACCAGCGAAGAAUCUGGAACAUGUCCAUUCCAUUAUUCGAGAAAGAGCAAUCAAUAUGGUUAUGCAUGCAGCUGAAAUGACUCUGCAAUUGUCAAAGCAAAUGGAAGCCUUAGGAGUAUACUGUUACUCUCCUGAGAAAAUCAUCGUUCGAUCUAUUGAUUGCCUCGUCAAUCUGGCCAAUAUACCCAAUGAAUCUUUGUCUAGAAAGGCGAAACUGAAGCUUCGUGAGCAUAUGCAUGCGUUGAGCAGAGUGGUUCCAGCAGAACACCAAGUCUCGCCUGACGUUUCCCCUUACUCUUUGUUGACAAUUACCCCUCCUGAUUCGGCACCUGAUGUUUUUGAAUUGUACAAAAAUUAUCCGUUACCAGCUGAAGCGCUUAUGUUUGAUGUGGUUCGAACAACUGUAGCUAAAAACAUAAAUGAAAGCAAUGCUGCUAAUUAAAGUUCUCAUUGAGAAUUUAUUUGAGAAUAUACAAAAAAAUGCAGUUAAUAAACACCUGUAAGAGAUUCGCAC